UGUGUAGUACAGUAGCUCUCUUGCUUCGUAGAGCGGCACUUCGUCACUUUCGCAUCCGUGCGAAAUCCCGAACGAACAAGUGGAGCGAGCCGCGUCGCCAUCUUUAGGAACGGUACCGACUGUCUCUGCUACCGCCGCCUGCUUCGUUUUAAGAGCUUAAAAUCAAUCCGCGAUUAUAGUAAAAGAAUUUUAUGUGUUAGUGCUACAGCGCGUAAUUUAUUUUCUAUCGCGAGAAGACGCGAUACACAUUCGUUCGCGAUGUUCAUUUAAUACGUUUAAAAUUUGUGUGUGCGUACUGUGCAAGUUGAGCAGACGACGUUUCGCAAGUAUUUCAAGGGUUGAGAGCGAUCGAAACCGACGUUGUUUUCUCGCUUUAUCGACCCUUGUUUAAACUAUUGUUUCUGACCUGCAAUUUUGUCAUUCGGUUCCUAUCAUUUUGAGAACUAGUGUUUAGUGUUUUGAUUUGUCAAAGAAAGACAAACACAUCGGAGAAAGACGUUGUAGUGCAUGAGAAUACAAGUCAAAGUAGAAAUAAAGAGAGAAGGAUAAGAAAAGAAAGACUGAGACAGCUCUAGUAGACGACGACAACGACGGGCUAGUACGAUUGACAGGAAAGAUGGCGCGAGGUGCGGACGAGGAUUAAUGUUGACCCAUUUUUCCGCGCGAAAUCGCUCGGUCUUAUUUUGUCAUACAAUUAAGGAAAUACUAAGUUUUGAACCGAGUGUAAAAAAUUGAGUUAAGUGAAUUAAAUUUAAAAAAAAAGAAAGGGUAGUCCGCUAUUGGUACGAGUGUAUCCAUCGUGCAGUGUGCGCGUGUGCCCAGUUCUUGCAUAAGUGUGAGUGCCCUCUCGGACGUAUAGGUCUCAUAGGGCCAGCAUCGACGAGUAUCGGAUAAAGACUAUUGAAGACCGUCGGUGACAAUAAGAGUGAGUAUAAUAAAGGGAAACAUAGGAAAUAGUAACAAUUUCGAAAAGACUGGAGUUUGGUGGGGCCUUGAUAGGCUCAGCUACGGAAGAGGACAAACGAAAACGAAAACGAAGACGCGGUCUUCUGGAACUUCUCGAGCUGUAUAGAGCCCUGGCAGGCUCGGGUACAAGCGCGGCUGCUAAGAUGGGCAACAAUGCCGCGACUGCAAACAAAAAGGUUGACGCUGCUGAGAGCGUCAAGGAGUUUCUUGACAAGGCAAAGAAAGAGUUCGAGGACAAGUGGAAAAGAAACCCAACGAACACUGCUGGUCUCGAUGAUUUCGAGCGGAUCAAGACACUUGGUACUGGCUCGUUCGGUCGUGUCAUGAUAGUGCAACACAAACCAACCGGGGAAUAUUACGCCAUGAAGAUACUCGACAAGCAAAAAGUCGUGAAACUUAAGCAAGUCGAACACACGCUUAAUGAAAAAAGAAUACUGCAAGCGAUUAGCUUUCCAUUUUUGGUCUCCUUGCGAUUUCACUUCAAGGAUAAUUCUUACCUUUACAUGGUUCUCGAAUAUGUGCCGGGAGGCGAAAUGUUCAGUCAUCUACGAAAGGUUGGUCGUUUCUCGGAACCACAUUCGCGCUUUUACGCGGCACAAAUCGUAUUAGCGUUUGAGUAUCUUCACUACCUCGACUUAAUCUAUAGGGACCUCAAGCCAGAAAAUCUAUUAAUCGAUUCACAAGGCUAUUUAAAAGUCACAGAUUUUGGUUUCGCUAAAAGGGUACAGGGUAGAACAUGGACCUUGUGCGGUACGCCAGAAUAUCUCGCGCCUGAAAUAAUUCUCAGCAAAGGUUAUAAUAAAGCUGUGGAUUGGUGGGCGCUUGGUGUGCUUGUCUAUGAGAUGGCUGCCGGUUAUCCACCGUUCUUUGCUGAUCAACCAAUUCAAAUUUAUGAGAAGAUUGUUAGCGGAAAGCCACGAUUUCCGUCUCAUUUCGGAUCCGAUUUGAAAGACUUACUACGUAACUUGCUACAAGUUGAUCUUACCAAAAGGUAUGGGAAUUUGAAGGCUGGUGUAAACGAUAUCAAGGGUCACAAGUGGUUCGCCAGUACCGAUUGGAUAGCCGUCUUCCAAAAGAAAAUCGAGGCCCCGUUCAUACCAAAAUGUAAAGGGCCAGGAGACACGAGCAAUUUCGACGACUAUGAGGAGGAGACACUUAGGAUUUCACUGACGGAGAAGUGCGCCAAGGAAUUCGCCGAAUUUUGAAUUCCCAUAUUGAUUCAAGAUGGAUAUAUGUGUCGUGUAUGCAUUCAUAUGCGAUGGUUUGUCGCUCAUUGCUCGCUUUUCUUCGAGCGAAAAAGAUAGAUGAAGUAAGAGAGAGACAGUAUAAUAUAUAGGAGAGAGUAAGAGAGAGCGAGAGAAAGAGAGAGAGAAAGUACGAAAGAGUGUAAGAAAGAUAGUGUAAAUGAAAGAAUGUAUUAUAUGUAUGCAAGAUGGGAGGAAAGCGUGUACGUGUGUGUGCAUGCACAUGUAUGAUUGUGUGCGUAUGCGAGUACGCUCGGUACAAUAAUGUACAGAAGGAAGAUGGUUUAGAAGAGUGACCAAAAAGGAAGAAAAAAGUAAAGAAGAUAAAUAUAUAUAAAAAAAAAAAAAAAAAAAACAGAUGGCAGAUUUUGCGAUUUAUUUUGUGAUCGAACUUCUGAAAAAGAAUGGAAACGGAAAGAGUAAUAUACAAAGGAGAUACGGUGAAUCCCGCCGUUCAAUCGAUAAAAAAGAAAGGGAGCAUAAGAGAUAAACAAACAGAUAUAAUAUAUUGAAAAAAAUUACAAUAUAUUACAUUAAUACAGAUAUCAUAUAUAAAUAAUACACAUAGCAUACGCGUACACUCACACACAUCACAAUUCUCAUCGGUACGUCAUCAUUAUACCAUCACAACUUUUUACACGAGAAAGAUCUUUUUCUUUUUUUUUUUUUUCUUUCUUUCUUUCUUUCUUUCUUUCUUUUUUUUUUUUUCUUUCCUCCAAUCAAGUAUACAACUGACAUAUUGAGGUACGAGGGCGACGAUAUAUAGUAUAUACGUAUAUGUGUGUGUUCCCUAAGAUGGCUUUAUUAUCCGGUUUAGCGGAGAAGGCGGGUGUAAAGAUUACUACUCUCGAUAAUUAUUGUUAAUAUGGAAAAAAACGUCAUUUUUGCCGGAAUUAUUUUGUACAUAUAGUGUUGCUAUAUUAUACUCUUUAUGUGAAUGUUCCCCGAUCCCCUUUUACACCACGCCCCUCUUCUCCACCAUUCUGCCUCUUUUAGCACGUACAAAAAGAAAAAAAAAAAAAAAGACUUUUCGAUAGAAAAGGGUAUAAUAUACACCAAUAAUCAUGCCAUGCAUUAUUAUCUAUUUGUCUACGAGCAUCUUCUCUUCAUUUUCUCGUUGAGGAAAAAUUUUUGCCACGAUAUGAAUCGUGUUUAUAUUAUAGCAGCUAGUCGUCACAUGAUUAUUCCGCUGGAGUAAUAUUUAUAUAUAUACGACUCGUUUUUCAUCGAUCGUUUAAUGUGGACACCAUUUGAUUGAGAGAAACAAAGAGAUAAUUGAGAGAGAAACGGAAUGCGUGAGAAUGAGAGAAUAAGAGAGGGAGAGAAAGAAAUGUAGAUCCUUAUAUUAUAAUAUAUCAAAUCUUAUUAAAAGAAAAAAAUGAAAAAAUACUCGUUAUAUACUGGCUACAGAUGCUCGUUGUUGAAUUAUUGUACUUUAAAUAAGUAAUAACAGAGAAAGAAAGAAGCGAGAGUAAAAGAGUGAAAGAGAGAAUGAGUGUGAAAGAGAGAGAGCGAGCGAGCGAUCGAGCGAGAGAGAAAGAGAGGGAGAGAAAGAGAGAGAAUAAUUGUGAAAAUACGAUCGACGGAGUACGAGUAAAAUAGAAAUUCAUUUUUGGAACGUUUUUAAUAGAGGACCACUGGCGUUCGUACAUAGAUACAUUGUAAGAGUAUUCAUAUAUAAUUAUAUCGCCUUAAGUUGCUGUGCGCAAAAGAAGCAACGUUAUCUUUUAUAUAGAGCUGCACUUUUAGUACAGAAUGUAAACUGUGUGGACAAUCCUGUAUCUUGUGCAAGAGAAAAGAGAAAAAUGAACGACGCACACGCGCGAGAUGGCCAAAGGAAAUUGCGCGUGUAGAAAUGAAAUUUCAUUAAAUGAUUAUAUAUAUAUAGAGAAGCGAAAUGUGAAAUGAAAUCGUGAGAAAACUAUUCGAAGAAGAAAAUCAUGGAAAAAGAAGAAAAAAAAGAAAAACGGAUAAAUGAUUAAACGGAAGGAUAAAUGAAAGAAUAAGAAUAAUGAAAUUGUGUAUUAUAGAACAGCAACAGCAGCAGUAGUAAAUAGACAGCGAGAGUAUUGUCGCUGAAAGACGAUA